GCAGCGGCGGAGGGGAGGGCCGGCGGCCGCGGGCAGACGGCGGCUGAGGCGGCGCGGAGCCGAGCCGAGCCGAGCCGAGCCGGAGCUGUAGCUCUUCUGCCCACUUGUAAGUGCAACUGGUAUGGGUAAUGGUGUGAAAGAAGGUCAAGUGGAUUUCAAACAACAGGAUGUGGAGACAGUUACAUCAAGCCAUCUCCCAUCAGAGGGUAAACAGGAGAAGAAGAAAGUCCUCAACUCCCUGAUGUCUGGUGCACUGGCUGGUGCUGUUGCUAAAACUGCAGUAGCUCCACUGGACAGGACAAAAAUCAUGUUUCAAGUGUCUUCAAAAAGAUUUUCUGCCAAGGAAGCCUACAGGCUCAUUUAUCGCACCUACCUCAACGAAGGCUUCUGGAGUCUGUGGCGGGGGAACUCAGCCACCAUGGUCCGUGUCAUCCCUUAUGCUGCCAUCCAGUUCUGCGCCCAUGAGGAGUACAAGCAGCUCCUGGGGAGUUACUAUGGCUUCCAGGGAAAAGCGCUGACACCCUUCCCUCGAUUCAUUGCUGGCUCUCUGGCAGGCACCACGGCUGCCAUGAUAACCUACCCCUUGGAUAUGGUCCGUGCUCGAAUGGCUGUCACACCCAAGGAGAUGUACAGCAACAUCGUUCACGUCUUUAUCCGAAUAUCCCGAGAGGAAGGCUUGAAAACCUUGUACAGGGGAUUCACACCAACCAUCCUUGGAGUGAUUCCAUAUGCUGGGCUUAGCUUCUUCACCUAUGAGACACUGAAGAAACUACAUGCAGAUCACAGUGGGAAACUGCAGCCAUCUCCUCCAGAGAGGCUUUUGUUUGGUGCCUGUGCAGGCUUGAUUGGCCAGUCAGCUUCCUACCCCCUGGACGUGGUUCGCCGACGAAUGCAGACGGCGGGGGUUAUGGGACACACGUACAGUUCCAUCCUUCACACCAUGCAGGAGAUUAUAAGAGAAGAGGGACUAAUCCAUGGCUUGUACAAAGGACUCAGCAUGAAUUGGGUCAAAGGUCCAAUUGCAGUGGGAAUAAGCUUCACAACCUUUGACCUGACGCAGAUCCUUCUCCGUAAAUUACAGCACGACACUAACGUUGAAAGGUAGUAGCUUAAUCCCCACAGCCCUGCCUGGGGAAGAGUACAACAUGUGUAGAAAGAGCAAUUGCUAGCAUUCCCUCACUUUGUAUGUGCUCUCCUGUGGCUGAGAACUUACCUUUUCUUGUUGGUUUGUUCUGUUUCUUUUCUUGUUGGAUUCCCCCCCAUCCUUUCCCCUUCUUUUUAAUGAGCCUCUGAGUUACUUGGAAACCUCAACCUACAACUGACUCUUGCCUAAACAAAAUCCCUCUCACAGUUGUGCAGAAUUGAGUCCUCUAAAGUAGCUGCCUCACCCUUCUGGUUUACUCUUUGAUGCCAGGAAUGGAGCCUCUCAAACAAACCUUUGCUGCUGCUGGCUCCUCACCUGGUCUCUUGUGGGCAGGUGAAGCGGAGGAUGAUGAAAGAGAAGAGUCAGUGCUGCUGCAAUGAACCCCUGAGUCUGGGAAGCAACUGCUGCUCCUGGUAGGCAGAUUACAGUUACCAGGCACUUGUUAGCUGGAGGCAGUCUGCCAAGUGCAAUAUUGCAGUUAGUCUGCAGGGAACUCCAGGUUCCUCUGGCCUGUAAGCAUCACUCUCCCCUAAACAGGACACGGCACGAUUUAACAGGUCCAGGUGGCUGCUUUUGUUCUGGAAGCUGAAUGUGAGCUCUGGCUGGAAAUGCUGCCCCCUUUGUCAAACCUUCCCCUUGCUUCUGGCUUGAGUUGCAUAAAAUAUCCCUCACUUGCAAUGUCCCUGUCAAAGACUGGACACAGCAGGGGAGGGAAGUUCUGAGCAGUUUUGGAAAUGGAGUUCUCAGUCCUUGUCAGUGUUGUUGAGCAGGAGCUGCACUCUCAGACUGCAGCAGUGCUCUCAGGCUACCCAAACCCUUCUGUUGCUGUCAUGGUCUUCAAAGCAGUGUUUUCAGAGGAACUGGGCAGCCUGUUGUGUGGCUGCACUAGGAGAGGAAGUGUUACAUGCUUGAGCAGUUUUAUCCUUCAGUAUUAUUGUCUCUGCUUUAUGCAGGAUGUGAGAACAAACAUCUCACAUGCACAUGUGAUGCAGACUGCCCCAAAAAGCUCUUCAGCUCUGCUGAAUGCAGCCUGGUGUUGCUCAAGCUGCUGCUUGCCCUGCUUCUGAACAACUUUGUUGUCCUUUGGUGCCUGCUGUGUAGGUUAUCACCUCUGUUCAUUAGCCCCACACCUAAACCCACUCACUUGUUAUUCCUACAGCUCUCCUGGACCAAGUGGGUCCUGAGCAGAGUGGGCACCACAGCCAGUAUUGACCCUUCAGUGAUGAGGUGUAGUGCCAACCAUUUCCAGUUGCAGUUUGAAACUGAAUGGUAAAGUGUAACCUUCCAGUGUUUCUGUUUCAAAGGGACAUUUGGGGGUGGCUUUGGUUUGUUGUUCCAUCCCUGUAUUAACUUUGGAGUGCAGGAGAGGUCAGAGCAAACUUCUCUGAGAACUGGAUUCCAUAAACCAAGAUUAAAAGUCCCUUUCCAUCUGACACAGUCUGUAAUAUAUACAAGCAAAAUAAGGUGGCAUUUCCAAGCUGUCCUUUCCUAGCAUCUGUAGUUUAGCUGUUGUAGUUUCAACCUCCUGUUGUGGCUUUAUCAAUGGGAAUGGAGGUCAUUGCACUAAUGGGUGUAGGAAUAGCUUUCUCCUUUCUUUGUUUUGUCUUUGCACUUGUUCUUUGGAGCAUAACUCACUUCUAAUGCCAAAUAUUUCCUUAGGAAUUGAGCACCUACACUUCCAGGUGUGGGCCUGGGCAGAGAGCCAGCCCACUGGAGUGUUCCUCCCACUCCUGCUGCUCCCAGGGCAUGUGGGAUCCAUCACACUCAGAGGGUCAGGGGGUGGGCAAGAGCAUUCUCAGUAACUCCUGCCUCCACACCCACAAGUGAGGAUUUGUGUUGUGGAAACUUGACUGCAGUCACUGAUUGACCUUGUACUUAAAGAAGUGUCAGGUGAUGGUGUUGGAAGAGCCCUUGGAGACCACAGCCAUGAAUCCUGUGUCUUUGCUCCUGUUGCUGGUGGAAGAUGAUCAGCUCUUCUCUCCAUGGGGGUGACAUUUUGGUGUUAGUACUUUGCAAGAGCUCUGAUUUCUUUUCUCCAAUGGAGAAGCCAAUUACUUCUGCUCUUGUCUUUAUCUUGUCUGGCCCAGUGAGGAAACACUAAGGCACUUGCACCCUACCACAAAACAAGGAACAGACCAGCAACUGAGUGUGUGUGUGUGUGACUGUGUGUGUGUGACUGUGUGUGUGUGACUGUGUGUGUGUGACUGUGUGUGUGUGACUGUGUACCAUCCACACCAAGCUCUCUCUCAGCUUGAAGGCUGCCAGUUCCAAGCCAAGUCCUUUCUGCACAGCUGAUGGACACUCUGAAGAUGAGAGGAAGCUGAACUGUGGCCUCCCAAGUUGGAGCAGGCUCCUUUGCUCCGUGGCACCCUGGGUCACCUCAGAGGAGAGCGCAGCAGCCCUUGUCUUGGGAGAUGCUGAGCAUCACUGAACCCCUGUGGCAACAGAGGUGGCUUAAUUCCUCCUGAGUCCUGCCUGAGAAAGGAUUCACCCUGGAUGACUUGUUUGGGACUGAAGGGGAGGGCAGAUCUGCACAAGGUACCUUCUGCCACCUCAGUGAGUGUAUUAAAUGGUCAGGAAGCUUAAGGAGGGAGCAGCUCAUCUAGAGCCUGGGGACUCAGAGCUGAGAAACAAGACCUGAAGCCAGGCAGCCUUGGAAGCAUUGGCCUCAGAUAACUUGUUCCUUAAUUAGCAGCUGCACCUGAUUUUAAUUCAGUUAAAUCAAUGGCAUUUUAGCCAAACACCUCCCAUGUGUUUCUGCAGGCUGAGUGUUCAGAGACAGAAUUCAGCCUGUAAAUGGUUUUGGUGCUUUUGUUUCUUGGGCAAGGAGUGUUCAGAGUAACUGUGUUACUGCUUUGGGUUGGUUUAAAUAGCUGCUUUUGUUUUCUUCUUCUCUGAUUUGAAUGUGGUCAAGGAGAAACAGAGUGUUCUCUUCCCUUCUCUUAAUCCUUGCAUGAAUUGAGCUGUGUUCCACAUCUCUGUGCUGCCUGGAAUGAGUGCCCAAGGAGCUCUGGGCACUCUGAUUUGGAAAGGGGAAGGUCCCUGUGUGCUGGCCCAUUGCCUUUAGCUCUGAGAAAGCAGACAAGUCUAACAGGAAUAUUCUUUGGUCCUUCUUUAGGGUUUCUCUCACUCCCACAACUGCCCUGAGUUUUCCUUUAUUCUUCUCAGGUUGCUUUUGCUUUCACAUUUCUCACUGAUCCUUAAUGUGUGGCAGCCAAACAUGCAGCUCUGCUUUUCUUCUCCUUGUCUGCUGCCCUUCCUCCCUCUUUCCCUCCCUCCCUGCUCUGCACCUUGAGUCCUGCACUAGCACUUCCAGGAAAUCAGGUCCAAUGAAAUGCAUCCCAAAUGUCAAAGCUGCAGCUCCAAUAGUGAUGCCCAAAUGGCCCCAAAGAACCUGCAGGCCCUGUGCUGAUGGGCUUUGGAAAGGUUCUUGAGCUACUUGUCCAGCCAAAUGCUGUCACUUCUCCUGGCACCUUUCCUUCCCCAGCUGUGAAACGCUGCUGCUCCUUGUCCUUGCCUCUUCCAGCACCUCCACAUCAUGCCCACGUGGAGAGAUCCUUCUGGGAAGCUCAGAGGCUCAGUUGAGGAACCAGAGGUGGGACCUGAGCUGGCUUUUUGCAACCCCCUUUGCCCUGCAUGCCCUGUGCAGAGCUUUGCAGUUCCCCCCAGGAAGGCAGAGCUGCCAAGAGCCAGCUGGUGCUGGCCAGGACAGUGAUGGGAAGGAUCAGGAAAGGAGUCAGAGGCUCCUGAAGUCCCUGGAAGCCAGGGGGUGGGUAGUGUGUGGUGCUCUGUGGGAGCUCCCCAGAAGCAGUUCCAUGGCUUGUGUGGAAAAACAAUGGUACUUUGGUUAACUUCUUAUCCCCCCCUUCUGAUGAGAAGGACCCCAGCACUGUCAUCUUCACCCUCUGGGUGUCUUUGAGUGGGACAACCCCAAGUCAGGGUGGACAGGAGGGGAAGGAAGUGUGGUGGGCCAAUCCCCAUGGUGUUUCCAGUGGCUGACUGGGCACUUGGGCUCUGUUAUGGGCUCUCCCUGCCUGGCCUGGCCUAGAGGAGGAGGUGGCCUUCCUCCAACACAGCCUUUUCCCUUUCUUGUAGGGUCUCCCCUGUAGAGACCAUGUGCCACAGGCUCUCCCAGCACUGCUGGCUGCCCCUGUGCUCUAUGCAUACCUUACACAAACACUCUCAAAUGCCUUGUUGUCAGGAUGUGUCCUCACCAUCACCCUGUGUGUGUCUGGUUUUGUUUUGACUGCUUUUCUUGGAUCUGGAGUUCUAUUUUAUUGCAGUGAAGACACUUUGUUAUAUAAUGUUUAUAUAUAUAUAUAUAUAUCUAUAUCUCUAUUUUAAGAUUUGUGCCAAGAGAGGAUGUAUAUUUAAUAAAACCUGAUGAUUGAC